AUGGGAGUAACAGUCGAAACAAUCACCCCUCCUCCAAAUGCUGAUAACAAGCCUGCAAUUGGAUCUCCAGUUAUAGUUCACUACACUGGAACACUAGAAAAUGGCAGCGUUUUUGACUCUAGCAGGGAUCGAGGACAGCCGUUCGUUUUCGCCCUCGGAGUCGGCCAGGUAAUCAAGGGCUGGGACGAAGGAGUCGCUCAAAUGGCCAAGGGACAGCGCGCCAAACUCACCUGCACUCCCGACUACGCCUACGGACCGCGAGGUUACCCACCAGUGAUUCCUCCCAACUCGACGCUCAUUUUCGACGUUGAACUUAUCGACUUUCAAACUGCCAGAAAUUGA